AUGGACUCGGGAGUGGCCCAUUUUUCCCUUAGCCUCCCUUGUAUUGACGCUCUGACAAUGUUUGGUGGAAAUGCAGGAAAUAGGCCACUGCUCAAUCACACUCCAUCCUCAGCACUGGACCCACACAACUCAACAACAUUAUUUGGUGAAGCGGCAGAGCGGCAUCGACAAGCCAGAGACAGCCCAUUUUCUGGUGAAGAUAUCAGGGCCUUGUUUGCAGACUUGAAGAUACGCUUAGAGGACAGUUUCUGUUUUACAGCCGAGCAAAAGGCCAAUAUCCGAAUUAUCACACAAGAUAUCAUCUUUCAACCCACCCGAACGGGAUUCAAAUCAAUCAACAUUGAAGUUAAGAAAACAUUACAAACAGAAAAGGAAAACAUGAGGUUGAUGAACGUGUUUGGGGGGAUAGGUGACAAACUGGACACCGCAUAUACAUUCCAUAUUGUGUUACUAGUAUUUAAUUUACAUGAGUUUUAAUUUGUUUUCUGACAGAUAUCACUGCAAAGGUGUUUUGGCUAUGAACACAUGGAGCUCAUCAGUAGCGCAGCAAUAGAGAGUGAGGAAUAUGGAGGCAACUUGGAUGAUGUGAACGAACGGCCCAGGAAAAAAAGUAAAGGACAAACAGGUGGCCGUGUCAUCCAGGGAGAGGACUUCUGGGGUCAAGUGGUUGUGGUUUGUGAAGGGGAUGUCAAUUCGAGGGCAAAACCUGAAGGGUGCUGAGUGGAAAGACAUGUGAUGUUGGGAUCACUGAUAUUGUUAAUCAUUGAUAGGGCCAAUCACUGGCCAGAACGUGGCUAUGAUGUG